CGUUUCGAAUCGUGGAGUAAGGAGAAGGAGGAGAGCGCGGGUGGGAAAAAAGAAAAUGAGAUACUCCACGGGGCGAUAAUUUAUGAGCGGAAUCAAGAGUAAAAUAAGACAAAAAUAAAAUUUGAAUAGGAGAAGAAAAGUCUCUACACACAAAAGCCCCCUCGAUGUAUCAUGCCUUUGGGAGGUCCAGUGUUGGUGCGAUUUGGAAGUCUGGGGAGGGUGUCGAGACCGCGUGGUGUGUUAACGAUCCAAGUGCGCUAGGAGCCUUGAGCGCAACGGCAAGCCAGGGCCCCUGCAAGUUCAUAACCUCAGCAUGCUCCCUCGGGCGGGAUCGGUCGAUCAAGACUGGGGGUGGCGUGCCUGGGGAAGAGGGAGAGAAAAGAAUCUGAGGGGGUAAGGCCAGGCAAGAUGGGUGGGUGGAGG